CAGGAUCUUACGGGAAACCAGAUUUACUGCUGGCAUACAGCCUGAAUGAUUUCAGAAUCCCUGCUUUACUGUAGAACAAAAAGGGAACUUUAGGGCAAACCGAGCUCAAAUAAAGAGAUUUGAUUUGUGGCUACAUUGAUUGAUUAAAUUCUGAAUUUAGCUGGUCAGGUAGUGCGAUCAUGUGACCAUAAUUCAUCUUCUCGCAUGGUUUGGAACAUCCCAGCAAUAAAGGGGAAGUCAAAACCUUUAUAUUUAAGAAAAAAACAAUGUCAGGAACCUCAUUUAUCAAGCUGGAUAUGAUUGAAUUUAUGGCUCUCAACACUUUACAUUUACACAAGAAAUGUGGUAUUCAUGAAAAUCCAGAUAGUUGGGUAAAGCAUUUAUUUCUUACAAGAGCUCAUGAGUUUUUGUAAAUUUCCAUAUGAGGAGAGUCACAUAUGUGAACCCUGAUUUUGGCUUGAAAUCUUAUAUAUUUGGUGAUGACUUACUACAAAUUUAUAUACAGAUUACGCUGUCCAUUUUAAAUCACUUAUUUAUUAUAAUUACACACACAAGCAAUCCAAAAAGAAAUCCAUAAGUUAAGAAAAUUAAGACUAGUUAUUCAAGUAGGGUGCAAGUAGUGGCUCCUUACAGAAGGAGGAAGAGUUAGUGUGUGUCUAUGUUAGCCGACACUCUGCAGUGGUUGAGCUGCAUUACUGGAAGAUCGCUAAGCAUCAUGUGCAAUGUGUGCAAUAUUUUAAGAGUAGCUGUGACCAAAAAUGUCAACUUUCAGUGGUAAAGCUAAAUUAUUCAAUAAAAUCCACAUUAAUUUUUUUAAAGAUUAGUGCAAUGUUAGUGGAGUAACUAGCAUAAAUAGCUCAUUUUCUGUUCUGUAUCAGGUAAACUGUCAGUUAUUAAUGAUAUAUUUUCUUCCUUCAUAGUUCUUUCAUUCAAGUGCUUUGUCCUGGUUAGGGUCACAGGGAAUUUGGAGCCCAUGCUGGAACACUGAGAAUGAGGCAGGAAUACACCCUGAAUGGGAUGCCAGUCCAUCACACAGCACAAUACACACAUUAACACCUAGGGAUUUAGCACAGCCAUUCCACAUACUAGCAUGGUUUCGGGAGGUGGGAGGAAACUAGAGAACCUGAAGGAAACCCACAUGGACACAGUGAGGACAUGAGAAACUCCCUACAGAGGUAACCCGAGCUCAGGAUCAAACUGGAGAGCCUGGAACUGUCAGGCAGCAAUGAUAAAACUGCUAAUAGUAACUGUAUUGAUUUGGUAAUAACAGUCAGCAAUGACAAUGAAUGAAAAAAAGUAGUAAACUAACAAUUUAUUUAGCUGUUGCUAUUAGUUGUUGUUUCAUAUAGAGAAUGUCUGUGACUGCUAUUUUAUACCCAGCAGUGGUCUGAGGAAACUGUUGAAGGUGACGUUUCCAGUUUAGGAUUUUCAGUGCAGGUGUUGUGUAUCUUUGUACACUUCUGUGUAAUUAGUAAGAAUAAUAGUGCAUUUUUUAAAGAGCUUAUUGCUGUUUUGAGAAUUGCUGCCCACUGUGGACUUUGGUGUGUGUGUGUGUGUGUGUGCACAGAUUUGGGUGUUGGGGUUCACAAAGAGAGAGAGAGGUGUGCAUAUGUAUCAGUAUAUGUGUGUGAGAGAAGUGUGUGUGUGUGUGUGUGUGUGUGAGAAUAUGUAAAUGUUUGUGUGCAUAUUUAUCAGCAUGUGUGUUUAAGAGAAGUGUGCACACACGUAUAAGAACCUGCCAGCCUGGGAAAGUGCUUGUGAACGUGUGUGUGUGCGGGAGAGAGAGAGAGAGAACGAGAGAUGUGUAUGUGUGCGAGCACGCGCGUGUUCAUCUCUACCGCACAUGCUCAGAUGCAGAGGCUUCCCCUGGCCUGCGCGCGCUGAUCUGCAGGCGGGAAGAAAGCGAGAGAGCGCGCGCGCACACGCGAGAGAGAGAGAGACAGCGAGAGAGAGAGAGAGAGGUGGUGGAGGAGGAGGAGGCUCGGGUCGCCGCUGCAUCCCCGGAGGAGCGGAGCGAAUAGGAGAAAAGAGAAGAGAGGAGAAGAGAAAAGAAGAGAAGACGCCGCGAGCGAGGGAGCGGAGCGGUGCUCAGCUGCAGCUUGAAGGAUGUUCUCCUCGGUGAAGGCCUUUGAGGGGCAGCAGUAUUCGGCGCUGAAGAAACAGUGCCUGCAAAGCGGGACCCUGUUCGAGGAUCCAUUCUUCCCUGCUGUGGAUGACUCGCUGUUCUAUCAGGGGAACCGUAUUGGCCGUGUGCACUGGAAAAGACCUGGGGAGCUGUGUGAUGAUCCUCACUUGUUCGUGGAUGGGAUCAGCGCUCAUGACCUGCACCAAGGGCAGCUGGGAAACUGCUGGUUCGUGGCAGCGUGUUCAAGCCUGGCCUCUCGCGAGUCUCUGUGGCAGAAAGUUAUCCCUGACUGGAAAGAGCAGGAAUGGGAUCCCGAGAAACCAGACUCUUACGCGGGAAUCUUCCACUUCCGCUUCUGGCGCUUUGGUGAAUGGGUGGAUGUGGUGAUCGAUGACCGCCUGCCCACGGUGGAUAAUCAGCUGGUGUACUGCCACUCGAAUGACAGCAAUGAGUUCUGGAGUGCCCUUGUGGAAAAAGCUUAUGCCAAAGUGUAUGGCUGUUACGAAGCUCUGGACGGUGGAAACACAGCCGAUGCUUUAGUGGACUUCACCGGUGGGGUCUCGGAGCCGGUGGACCUGCUGGAAGGAAUGUAUGCUCAGGACGAAGCGGCUAGGAACCAGCUGUUCGAGAGAGUGCUGAAGGUCCACAAUCGAGACGGACUCAUCAGCUGCUCCAUCAGGGCGACCACAGUGGAGGACAUGGAGGCACGACUGGACUGUGGCCUGGUCAAAGGUCACGCUUAUGCAGUCACCGACGUUCGGAAAGUGCGCUUGGGCCACGGCUUGCUGGCCUUCUUCAAAUCUGAGAAGCUGCACAUGAUUCGCAUGAGGAACCCCUGGGGGGAGAAGGAGUGGAGCGGGCCUUGGAGCGACAGCUCGGAGGAAUGGAAUAAGGUGAGCAAGAGUGAGAGGGAGAAGCUGGGCGUCACCGUGCAGGAUGACGGAGAGUUCUGGAUGAAUUUUGAGGAUUUCUGUCACUACUUUACUGACCUCAUCCUGUGUCGGCUCAUCAACACAUCCUACCUGAGCAUCCAUAAGACCUGGGAGGAGGAGGUGAUGAGAGGAUCCUGGGUUUACCGAGACGACCCUCUGCGUAACCGCUCAGGAGGCUGCAUCAAUCACAAAGCCACUUUUCUGCAGAACCCUCAGUACGUGUUUGAUGUGAGGAAGGUGGAAGACGAGGUCUUGAUCUGCCUGCAGCAGAAAGAGAAAAGAGCGACUCCCAAAGAAGGCAAAGGAGAAAACCUGGCGAUCGGCUUCGACAUCCAUCGGGUGGAAUUGAACAGAAAGUACCGCAUGCACACGGCCCAGCAGAAAGUCGCAGGUUCCAUCUACAUUAACUCCCGCUGCGUCUUCCUGAGGAAAGAGCUGAAAGAGGGCCGCUACGUCAUCAUUCCCACGACCUUUGACCCGGGCCAGCAGGGAGACUUCCUGCUCCGGGUAUUCACAGAUGUGCCUUCAGACUGCAAAGAGUUGACCCUGGACGAGCCUCCUCAGACGUGUUGGACGGGGAUGUGUGGAUAUCCUCAGCUGGUCACUCAGGUGCACGUGCUGAGCGCUGAGGGGCUGCAGGGCCAAGACUCUAACGGAGCCUCAGAUCCGUACGUGAUUAUCACCUGUGAGGGGGAGAAAGUUCGAUCACCUGUGCAUAAGGACACCCGAAGUCCCAACUUUGACAUCAAGGGGUUGUUCUAUCGCAAAAAGCCAAAAGAAGGCAUUCACAUCGAGAUCUACAAUAAGAAUGUGAUUGUAGACACCUUCCUGGGUCAGGUGACCCUCUUCAGUGAUCCGAAUGACCGACAGGAGCAGCACAUUGUCCACCUGAGAGACAAAGGCAGUCGCCAAGAUAAUGACCUUCCCGGCAUGCUGACCGUUCGCCUGAUCACCUGCACCACAUUGACCAACAUCUGACAACUUAAUGACCACAACCUCACCCCUGCCCUUUACCUCCUCCUUCCUUCUCUCUCGAUGGCCUGCGAUCAAGGUAUUCCUCAUCCCUUACUGAUUACCCAUAUCAUUUUGCAGCACUCGCAUAGUAUUCAUAAGGGCUACGCAUUAGUUGUGCAUGAGCAGCUGAGGUCAGUUUGGUAUUGGGACCAUUGCGGAGUCUUCAUCUUGCGAUCAGCUGCAUGGUUUCCGCUGCCAGCUUACCUCAACAAAAAUCAGUUCUUGCCAUCACUCUUGUGCUCCCUCAUGGUAUUCCUACCAGAUCAGACUUGCAUUACUAACUCACCUUGCUGAAGACCAUUUUUCGAAGAAACCAUUUAUGGAUGGCUUGGACAGCGCAUGACCCAUUCGACCUGCUUUCUGAACAACAAUGAGGUUGACUCGAGUGCCUCUGAAUUGUGUGGAUUCUUCAAAAUCUUUACACUGGAUUCUCUUUGGAUGUACAGCAGCAUGCUUGGUCUAGCUUUGCAACAAUACCAAGAAACAGGGGCACAGAGUUCAGCCACGACCAGCCGCCUCCAGGGACCAAAAGCCCACCCAGCCUCCAUCUCCAUAGUAACGCCACUGCCUGAAGACCGUGACAGUUUGAACAGCUUAUGUGUGUGUGUGUGUGUGUGUGUGUGUGUGUGUGUGUGCAUGUGUGUGCGUAUGCUAAUCCCAAAUAAACCCCCUCAGAUGACCCUUCAAAGGUCAUGCAUGUGUAAACAAACUACAUAAAUUCCAGCAGUGUUUUAGAGUGGAGAGCAAUCUUUAGGAGAUGGACAUGUGUAUACACACUUUGCAUGCAUACCUCACUCAUGAGACUGUGACGUGAUGUGACAGACUGCUGGUUCUCUUCAGCUCUUGCCAAACAGCAUGUGCCAUGAUGCGAGUCCUAUUAGAACUGUUCUUCCGCUCCACCAGGGGGUGCUGUACUAAUGCUCUAGGAACCGCAGACUCUUUACUCUCCUUUCCAAUUGCUGAUGUGCCCUUUUACUAUGAACUACUACAAAGCUAUUUAUAUACUUACCAUUACCAGCUUAUGUGCUGCUAGCAUUUUAGUUGCUUGUGUUAUGGUGGAAAUGUUUUUGAACUGUUUUAUCAAACCAUAUAUUUAAAUAAGUUGUCACUUUUUUCAUUACAUGAAAGGGGACAUUUAUUGUCACUUUUUUUUUUAUUUAUGUACAAUGUCCCAUGUUGUCUUAAAAUGCAUCUUUUUUUUCAUACAAGAAAAGACGAAUGUUAUAGUUGCUGUAUUUACGGUCAGAUAAUCAGAUAAUGGAACAGUAGGAUAUGCUUUGAGUUUCUAGCUGCAGCCCCAGAUACAAAUGAUGUGAAGACCCAGGCUGGGUGAAAGAAGCUCCUGCUCUUAAAAAAAAAAAUGUAAAGUACAGACUUAAAUGUGGGCUUUUAAAUUAGUCAAGUACAUGUAAUUUUAAACAGAACAGUAACUAUGUAACAGCAGAAUGCCUUCUAUUUUUCUUUUGUUAUUUUCACCCAACGUUAAUGGUAGCUACCUCACCGAAACUUUCGCUAGCUAGCUAACUUCCAUAAUGCUAGCUGGCUUAAUAUUUAAUGAGCGGUUAGUAAUGUUUAUAGCCUUCUGCUGCCUUCGAAUUGCAGUUGCAUUAGGGACCUUGACAAGCUGUCCCCUUCACUUAACCAAUCCCCAGCCCUUCUGCUGAAAAUACAUAGGAUUUUUGAAUUGCCAUUUAAGGAAAAGGGGCAGAGCUGGCCAUCUCUGCUUCAAGCCAUUUAUGAAAAAACAACACUAGCAUACUUGAAAGUACACUUUAGGACACACAUGGAUCAUUGCUUAAUUCUUCAGUGUUCAAACAGAGGCUGUUUCCAGCAUGGGGUGUAUUCUGUGGCGCUGCAGCUAGCUGUCACUCAUUCAUUUAGCCCCUGCAUUGUGGCCUAUAGUAAAUAGGGGCAUGAAAACUUCAAGACGUAGUGAUCUCUUGCCUUUGGGCUAUAUUCAGAGUUGAGUUAAUCAUGCAGAGUGAAGAGUAUGCACAUCAGUAUUCAGAUCUCAGAUGUACCUAGAGACUAUUCAGACAGUUGUGUCAGAGUUGUACAUGACCUCGAUUUAGAAUCUUGUGGCUAUAUUAAGGUUUCUUAUUUAUAACAAUAAUAUGUUAUAAACUGCCGAAUAAUGAGGGUGAAAGCCAUAUUGUAAAAUUUAAACCAAAUUUUGUAUUUAAAGGUGGUGGUCUAAACACUAUUGAAAACCCCAUCUUAGGGGCACUUAGGUAAAAAUCUGACAAGCUUUGAGGAAUGAAAUACAUGCAGGUAAUUUUAAUAAUCUGAAUGGGGAGCCCAGGAAAUUUGGCUUGUGUAACCCAAAUCUGAAUAUGCAUAAAUAUUAACAUUAAUUUUGAACUUAAAUAGCCAACUCUGAAUACAGCCCUUAGUCUGAAGGCCCAUGUGCUAGGAGAUGGGUGUCAGGUCGGUUAGCUCACUAGUUUAAGCAUGAAGUGCCAUACAGUUAAGUGUUGCAUGUGAGGAGUAAGAGAGAUGUUCAUGCCAAGCAGAUUAGUCCUCAGGCAUAAUCGUGAAACCAGACAGCCAGAGAUAAUGUGACUUUAUUCAUUCAGUAUUUGUUCGUGCAUAGCAAAUUAGGAGAAAAGGGAUUGUGGAAGUUGUUACUAAUAUAGUAUGUUAAAAGAUCAAGAGAAGAUCAUUAACAGUUUAUCUGUCCUGUUAUUAUAGCCUGAGAAUUUGAAAACAAAGUUUUCCGUAAAUCGCUCCGGAGUACAAGACACACCUUAGAUGCAAAUCAUUCAUUCAUUGUUGCAUUAAUUAAAGUCAUCUCCAUGUACCAGGUAUUUUUUAACCUAAAAUGGCACCUCAGAACCUCUACCACUGUCUAGAUUAGUCUAUUAGGCUAAAGUUUAUUGCUGUCUUGUUCCCUAAACUGAAGCCUUUGCUACAAUGCUGAUUUUAAUCCCUCUCUGAAUUCAGGAAAAUCGCAGUUUAUAGGUCUGUUCUUACCAAGAACUCAUUAUAGAACUACGUUUAUUGCUAAAACCUCGUAAUUUAUUUUAUAAGCUUGUCAGAUCACUUCUGCUGUGAUAAUACUCAUUUCCACGUGUACACCUAUUGUGUUUUUAAUGUUAUGUUAGUACCAAGCUAAAUGUAGCGCUGUCUUACACAGGUCUGAUGCGUACAAUCGUUCUAGCUUUAAAUACAGAUAAGGCCAGUAACAGCGAUAUGGCUUUCUCUUUAACAAACUGUAUAUUACAGUAAGCCUUUUAACAAAGAUGUUUAAGCGGUUUAGCAUGUCGCAGCACUAGCAUCAGAGUUGCCCGGUAUGUGUAAUAACAAAAAUUAGCUUAAUUUCAAAACUCAAACCCUCCUAAACCCUGUAUUAAACUCCAAAAUCAUGACUACUCUUACUUUGAAAUAUUUAAAAAGUAACAUCAUAUCACAUAUUUUUUGAAUGAAGCAGUAUUAAAACAGUGCAUUUUUCCAAAAACAGUUUUGAUUUUGGUCUUAAAAUGGUCUUAUAUUAUUAGAUAUAUUGUGAUAAAUAAAGAAAAGCUUGGACAGUGAGUAAACCAAUUUGCUGUUAUACAACACGGUACAAGUAUUGAACUAUUUUAUAUUUUAUUUUAUAUACAUUUACUAGUUACUAGUUACAAGACAUUGUUUCAGAUGUUAGUUUAAUCAUAACCACAUACUACAUACCUACUUUAUCGGCUAUAAUUCUACUAACAUUCAUUUAAAAAGCAACAACCCUUAAGCCUUAAGCCUUUAUGCUUGUAAAACAUUACAAAACAUGCAAAUGUCGCAGUGUCAACUCAUGGACAAAAACAUGCUGUAAGUCAGCCCAAUUCUGUGAAAACAUCAGGCUUGGCAGCACUCGGCAAGCAUAUCAUUUUACACAGAAUAUACUGGAAGCUGAAAUUUCACUACAAUUUUUUUUAGCCAUGACAACUGUGGUAUCAACUAGACAGUAAAAACUGUAACACAGGGUAUAUUGCAAUUUGGGCAAUACAAAAAUUAUAGCAUGUAUAUCACUUUAUAUCACUUUUUUUUACUAGAGCCAUGUUUCUCAAAGUUGGGUCUGUGACGCAUACUCAGAGAGUGUGUGAUUUUUGUUUUAAAUUUUGUUACAGUGCUGGAAAUCAUAACCCAACAUUAUUAAAUUUAUUAGAUUUAUUACUGACAUAUUAUAGUUAUUAGCCAGAUUACUUGAAUUGAAUGGGUUUAAUCCAAACUUUAAUAACUGAAAAACAAUAAAAGUAGACCUAUAAAUAAUGUCAACUUGAAUUUCGUGGCAAUUUUAAAAAAUGUGUUGUGUGGGCAUUGUGCUCAGGUGAAAAAAUAAUCUCUCUUACUCCAAUAAAUGGCCAAAUUAUAAUUGUGCAGAUUUAAAUACAGAGCUUAAUGUUUGAAAAGAAAUAAUUCUGUACCGAGAGGAUUCAUUUAUACAGUUAAAUGGGGCUAGAGGGCAAAAAAGAGUCCAGAGAAUAUGAUAAUCACACAUCUAACAUCCAUGCCUUCAUGCUCAAGCUGUGUUUAUUCAGCAGAAACAUUUAAACGCACUUUUCUUUCUCUUUCACAUUUCCAGGUUGAAUUUGUUUUGCGUAAAUGCCAUGAAGGUGAUUAAUUUGCCACCCUAAUAUGAGUCGAGCGAUAUUUUUAUUUAUUUAUUUAUUUAAUGUUUUUAAUUAUGUCCUCUGUAUUUCUUUUGCCAACAUUCAGUCUGUAAAGCUAACACAGUGGAUUUUUUUUUUUUUUUUUUUUACCACAGUGUAUCAGUCUUGCCAAACAUAUUUAGGAAUGCACAUUUAUUAACACGAUGCUAAAUUUAACUCUGUGCAUGUCCGUAUUCCAGAGGCAGGUUUACAGCCACAUGUGUACGCCGACUGUUCUACAGUGUUCCACAUUCAAAUGAGACACACGCCACAAAGUGGUCUUUGUGCUGUGACGAUAUGGACGUCGCUGCUGCUUGCACAUGCAGGUCUGAGCUUACGCUGCAUGUGCUUUUCACCGGUGGACAGUGACGUGAACGUGUGUAUGCUGAUUGCUCAGCUUCGGCCAGGCAUGAGUGUAUGUAAGUGGCAGUAACUGAUAUAUUUUGCAAAAUGGCCUGCUGGACAUCCAGUUUCAUGGAUGUUUAUAGUACUACAGUACAGUUUCAUGAAGAUACAGUAUUAAUCUGCAUUAAUGUGUGUGAUGAAACUUUUGAGCAGUUUGUAAGUUUGAAAUUAAAAAAAAAAACUUUUUAAGUGCUCACUACAUUUCUACUGAGGCGGAAUGCCAUUCCUGGGUGUUUAUGUUCGCUUCUGAUUAGGGUUGUUACGGUUUCGCAGUGAGUGACUUUUUUCUAAAUGCUGAUUAAAAUGCUUUUCUGUCUGUUACCGUCUACUCGUUCAUUUUUGAACCCGAUCAAGAUCCUUACUCCAGUGGUUCUCAUCCCUUUUGUGUCUGGCUGCAACUCCCCAAAAAUGUCGCAACCCAGCAACCUCCUUUUCUCCGCGCACGGGACGCAAAUGCACUAAAAACCCUUUGGCUACGUAAUCCGCUACUGCUGUAAACACAUUACAUUGCUACCUCUGCUGCCAGUCCUAGCCUGUUCCUAACUUUAUCAUACACAUCUGCACACACAUCAAACGCACAGAAGACAUCGUGGCUUAGCAGUGCUGCAUGCUGCUGCGCUAGUUAUAUAUUUUUUUGGUCUCUGAGCAUAGAUUUUCCCUUUUUACCUUUCCUUACAACCACUCUCUCUUUCAGCUUAUAACAACAUGAUAAAUACUGACAAUUGAAAGAGAUUUUAUGGAAAAGUCAUUCUCAAAAAACAUCUUUCUAAGGACAAUUAGGGGAUUCGAUCUUGUUUUGUUUUGGCUUUUAGAUAUAUACAAAGUACAAGGAUUUUUACAGAGAAAUUGUAAUAAAUUUGUGGUUUAAUUUUCACCACAGGCUUGUGUAUUUUUAAAUAGUCAGUGAAUACCGUGACACGAUGAAACCGUAUUAUUUUUAGACUAGGUUAUCAUACCGUGAAUAUUUCAAACCGUAAUAUCCCUACUCUGAUGAACGGCACUACUUUAUCUGUUCUCUGUCUCUCUUUCUGUCUCGGAUGCGCUAGCUCGCUGGCCUGCAUCGCUGCAUGUACUGUGACUAACUGGAAGCUCCGCUCGGACAAAAACCAUCACGAAUGGUGAAAUGUGCCAUGUCUGAAUUCUCUAAGCUUCACGGAGCGGCAUCGCCUUAAGAUUCAUGGAAUGCUUGUAGAGAGUGUGACGUUUUCUUCCUCUUCUUCUUCUUCCUCUGUCUUUAUUCUAAUUUGUUUUAUUUAUAACAAAUCGGACAUCCGGAGAAUGAGCUUGUGAUACUCUUGUAUUUUUCUGCCGACGUUGAACUCGAAAGCGGCGCUGAUAUAAACUUGCAUGAUGACAUUCUAUAUAUGGUAGCAGACACUGAGAACUUUAUAACAAGUCUCUUUUAGCAACAUUUUAUACUCCUUUGUUUAAUCUUUUAUAUCUGUCCAUCGAAUCUUUGUGUUAAACAAAAUAAUAGUCUACCUUUAUCGAUUAUAUGCGUUGAGAAAGCUGUAUCUUAUGUACGUUUCAAUGUGUGUUUUAUUUAUUUGUGUGUUUCCUGGGUUACACUGUGGUUAUUUUAUAUUUACUCUCGAAGUAUUUAUUUUCUCUAUUUUGUAUUUUAUGUCAACUUGUGGCAUGACUUUGAAAUAAAACAUUAAAA